AUGAUUUGUGGCCUGUGUUCGAAGGAACAGUCAAGUUCAAAUAAAGUGUGUUCAUGUGGAAAUGACGUGGGAUCAAAGAAAUCGAUCACACGAUUUUGGGAAGGGGGCAAUGGGUGCCGAAAUCCGUCACAAAUGUCCCGCUUAGACAAGCAAAAGUAUCGCGGCAUGAACAAGACAGAAUCCACGAAGUUCAAACGAGUUGGUGAAGAAGCAAAGAGGCGGCGAGAUCACGCAGAGGCCGAUGUGCAUUGGGGUAACCAAAUUUUGCAGCAUCAGAAACGUUCAAUGCGCUAUUAUAAGUGUCGCAAUCAGUUGUUACCUUCGUUCGACAAAAUGGUGCGAUACAUACUGGCUGGACGAGUCGACAGCGAAGAGUAUGCUAUCUGUGAUCGAUUGCUUGACAUGUUAACAGUGACCUUGCCCGAUUGCCAAGUAACGAAGUUGCCAUCUAAGGCCGAUCACUGGACAAAUGAUGCAACUGAGUUAGUCCGUCUUUACGGCUUCAGGAUGCAUACUACCUCAAAAGUGAUAGUCAGUGAUGUGAUUAUUUGGACUGACACAGGACGCCUUCUGUGUUCGGAUGCUGACACAUUUAGAACGUUUGUAAAGCAAAAUUACGGCAUUCAGCUGGAUUUGAGUGAGGCGGAGGUGCUGGAGUAUAUUAAGGUCAACGUGGAGGAGCAUGAAGCUGAAAGCAAGAGCACGCUGCGGCAGCUUCAAUUAUAG